CGCGCACACGGUACAAGUAAUCUACUCGUGUCGUCUCGUUAGUCGUUGUACGCUACCAAAGCAAAUACGUCAUUAUUUGUGCGCGCACUAUGUCAAGUAAUUUUUUAAAUGAUCAAGAAUAUAAUAUUACCUAAAAUAUGGAUUGGACGAAUGAUAAAAUCAUCAAAUUUAUUCAAGCUGUUGAAACUUAUCGUAUUUUAUGGGAUUCCAGUCACCAUGAUUAUAAAAAUAGAAACAAAAAACACGACGCCACUCAAGAUUUGGCUCAACGUUUUAAUUGUGACUCGACUGAGGUAAUGAGAAAAUGGAAGAUUAUUUUGGCGCAAUAUCGAAGAGAAAAGAAGAAAAUCUCGGAUUCAAAAUCUUCAGGUUCUGAGCUUUCCGAGAUAUAUAAGCCAAAAUGGUUUGGUUAUGCAUAUCUGAAAUUCUUUCAUGGGAGGGACGAACCGAACGUCAGCAUGUCAUCACAAGACGAAAUAAAUGAACAAUUAAUACAAGAUACCAAGUAUGAAGAAACAGACACAGAAAAUGAAGAUCAAGAAUGUCAUUAUAAAAGGCCAGUCAAAAAGUUGAAGAAUCCAAAGAACUCGCUGAAACGUCGUGCUGACGAUGAAGACCCGAAAGUUACUCAUACUUCGUCCGUAAUGGAUAACGUAAAUAAGCAAGCAAAUAAGCGUGAUGACGACGAAAUUUUUGCUGCAGCCGUAGCGACGAAAUUAAAAAAAAUUAAAGAUGGGCGGACGAAGAUUUUAGUGCAACGGGAUAUCGAUAAUUUAUUGUAUGACGCCAUUAUCCUCGAGUAUGGUUGAUGGGUUUGGUUAUCUAGUAACACAACACACAAAUAAGUACUUAAUAAAAACUUAACUUAAAAGACAUAAUAAAAAGUAUCUCCUAUAAGACUUAUAAUAAGUUUAAUACCUAUAAAGACGCAAGUGAACAUUUUAAAAUUGAUACUUUAGACUCUUGGCGAAAACAUAACGAUUUAUUGUUACUACAUGACAGCAUCUUAAGUAAAGUUAAUUGCAGCUCACUUUUAGAUGAAUUGCCCUGCCUACAAGAGUCGUAAUCGUGAUUUGUUUCAUGUUCCUCACAUUAACACCAACUAUGCAAAAAAAAGGGUGCAUGUACGCGCGUAAGAAGUUAUACUUCUUUGGCAUUAUUAAAAAUAGUUUUUGAUU